GACAACCAGGGUUCUUGGUGACCGGUGAGGAGAAGCUAGACAGAUAAAAAUGUAUUAAAUUCCAAGAGUCACAUUCUCCAAUCACACUGAUGAUACGAACAGCAAAAAUGGCAAGCAACGCAUCCUUGUCCUCCUAAAAAUAUAGAGGUAUGAGUCUGAGUUUCUCCCGGCACCCCUUUGUCUAUUUCUCAUGGAUCUGAUUAGCCUCCUGAAGGAAGUGAUUUGAGCCCAAUGGCAACGCACCCACAACCAUCCUUCUCCAUUUUCAUCUUCAUAUUCACUGUUGGUCUACUUUCCGCUGAUAAAUGCUGUUGCAUAGGUUUCAACAGCGACAGUUUCAUGACAAGGAAAGUUGACUGUUGCACCAGGGAGACCGAAGAAAUUCAGAGAGCGGAGGCUGCAGUUCUAUGGAGCAGCAAAAGGAGAGGGCUGGCUGGUGGACCAGGAUCAUAUCCCCCUCACUGCUCAGAAAAAUGUGGAGACUGCUCACCUUGCAAGCCCGUUCAUGUGGCUGUUCCACCAGGCGCACCUGUGAUUGCAGAGUAUUACCCUGAGGCAUGGAGAUGCAAGUGUGGGAACAAACUGUACAUGCCCUGAUCUCACGCCUUCCCUUCAUGACUGCAUUGCGCUCAGAUUUCUGGUGGUCGCUUUCUCUUCUUUCCCUCUACCUCUUUGUAGAAUCUUAUGAAACAAUUUCCUAGAGCUUUGGGGAUUAAUUUGUUCCGAAAAGGAAAAGAAGAUCUUGGAUACGGAAAAUUCUUUAUUAGGGAUUAUGUAUUACCUAGAGAAAGAUUUUAUGAACAGGCCCCCAGAAACCUCUCUUGGUGUGGGAGCCUUUUAGGCUGUAAUUCUAGGACUGUCUGUACCAUAAUGCGUUGAAGAGCUCUUUCUUGUCUCUUUAA